GACCCCCGGGGUCGCCGCGGUGACCGGCUCCAGUUCCCUGGCAGCGCGUCCUGGGAGGGGUCGGCUGCCUGCCCGGGGCCGUGGGACCUCGGUGUCCUCGCCGAUCCAGGGCGGCCUGCGGGACUUGAGUAGGAAGCGCUGCGGUGGACUUGGGUCGCUCGGGGUCGAGUUCUGGCCCUUCUGCACACCGAAGAUCCCGAGCGAUCGGGCUGAGCCGCCCGACGGCGCCCCGCGUGCUGUCCCACAGCUGCCUCCGGAAACCUGCCCCAGGCCCAUAGGCCUGGGAGCGUCCCUGGGCGCCUGCUACUCGGUCGGAUUGGUCUCAUUCCCGGAGAUGUGUAAGGUGGAGCUCUCCUCGUAGAAUGUCUGAAGGUGACAGUGUGGGAGAUUCUGUCCAUGGGAAGCCGUCUGUGGUCUACAGAUUUUUCACACGACUUGGACAGAUCUACCAGUCCUGGCUGGACAAGUCUACGCCGCACACGGCCGUGAGAUGGGUGGUGACGCUGGGCCUGAGCUUCAUCUACAUGAUCCGCGUUUACCUGCUGCAGGGUUGGUACAUCGUGACCUAUGCCUUGGGAAUCUACCACCUGAAUCUGUUCAUAGCUUUCCUUUCUCCAAAAGUGGACCCUUCGUUAAUGGAAGAUUCAGACGACGGCCCCUCAUUACCCACCAAACAGAAUGAGGAGUUCCGACCCUUCAUCAGGAGGCUCCCAGAGUUUAAGUUCUGGCACGCGGCAACCAAGGGCAUCUUGGUGGCCAUGGUGUGCACCUUCUUUGAGGCCUUCAACGUCCCAGUGUUUUGGCCCAUCCUGGUGAUGUACUUCAUCAUGCUGUUCUGUAUCACCAUGAAGAGGCAGAUAAAGCACAUGAUCAAGUACCGGUACAUCCCAUUCACGCACGGCAAGAGAACAUACAAGGGCAAAGAGGACGCGGGCAAGACAUUCGCCAGCUAGACGGCCACCUGCUGCCUCAUGGCGCCUUCUCUUCUCACAUACAGUAGUUGAGUACAAGGGAGUUAUUUUCUUUCUAAAAAGAAGCUUCGAUUAUUUGUAACUGAAGUAUCAGGUUUUUGAAGAAACUGGCAUUUAAACUGAAUCGCAUUGAUUUAUUUUCCAGCUGGUCAGGUGUGCAGACGCCGGACUUGUAGUGGAACGCAGGCUGGGGGACAGCCGGGCAGUCUGGGGAGGGUGGGUGGCCGGCCGGCCGGCUGGCGGUGGGGUCAAGCCCGCAGAGGGAUCUAGGACGCCCGGCUGCUGCCUCUGAGGACGCCUGCCACCCGCGUGGAGGAUGCGCGCCCACCGGAGCAGCCGCUCCCUUAGCUGCGGGUUCCAAUGCCAGUUUCCCAGUUCAUCUCACGGGAGAUGUGUCGAGUUGGCCUCUACCAUGAUGACUCAAAACUUUGUUCUUAACCACCAUGAUUGCUUUUGAGGGCCUGGAAUUACAAAUAUAUAUUUUAAUUGUUUUGA